AGCUGGAAAGUCUACAGUACGCUAUGGUCAUUCACUCAGCAGGCUCACAGUUGGGAAGGAACUUUAGCCAUAACGGCAGCAGGAAGGCGUUUGUGGCCCAAGCUAGCUCCAGCAGAGCAAAUGUUUGUGUGUUUUGUGACGCGCCUGGUCACGGCAUAUAUUCCUGCCCCAUCUUCGCAAAUUUGUCUCCCUUCUUGAGGCAGAAAGAAGUGAAGAAGCUCGCUCUCUGCUUUAACUGUCUAAAGAAAGGACACCAAACUCGAUCCUGCACAUCUGGCGCUUGCCGUAACUGUGGUGGGCGGCAUCAUUCUUUGCUACAUUUUGAGACAUCGCAACGAGCCUCGUCAGCUGAUGCGUCUGCCGCUUUACAGCCUCAAGCGUCCACCUCUCUUGCUGCUCAAUGUCUUCGUUCUGAUGCUGCACUCUUGGUGUUUUGCUUAAGAGUCGUGCUGGGUCGUUCAUUCAUUGUCGUGCUCUGUUGGAUUCUGGUUCGCAAAUCCACAUGAUGACGUCCCAUUUAGCCCAACAGUUGCAAUUAAAACGGACGCGAUCAGAUGCUACGGUUUCUGGCCUCGGGGACACAGACGUUUCUGUUGAAGGAUGCACAGUCAAUGUUUGUAUGCGUUCUUGCAUCUCCGACUAUUCUGUCAAUCUUCAAGCUGUUGUGACGUCUACAAUCACUAACAGCCAUCCGAAUUUUGACAUUGACAUCGACGGUUGGGCGAUUCCAUCUAACAUUCCGUUAGCUGAUCCAGCCUUCAAUCGUCCGCAGCGCGUGGACCUGCUGAUUGGUGCAAGUCUAUUCUACGGCUUGUUAUGUGACGGACAGAUUGACCUUGGAGAUGGAUUGCCUAUCCUUCAGAAGACCCGCCUUGGUUGGAUCGUUGCUGGUGGUGGAGACAGCAGACAGCAGACGGCAUUGAUGGCAGCGGAAAAGGUUUCUGAUGAUAGUGACGAACAGCAGCAAUGCCAACGGAUGGGAGUCGCCAAUGGUGUACAGUGCAUGUCCAAGCAGAUGGACAAGUUGAGCUGUCAGGAGAAGUCACAGACACCGCUUGCCGAGACAAAUGCCGUGCCGCAGCAGAUGCAGCGCAGUUACGAAGAGCUGCAACAGCAGUUGCACGACAGCGAUGUGGAAUGGACGCAGCGUCAGCAGGAGUUGGAGCAUCAUUUGCGUCACAAGCAGGAUCAGCUGAAUGCCGCCGAGCAGCAAGUGCUGCAGCUGCAGACACGCAUUCGCGAUCAGGAAGCGCAGGAGCGGAUAAAGGAGCUGGGCAAGGAACUGCAAGCGCUGCGCACCAGCACCGAGAUGAAGGAGCGUGAUCUGCGCGAUCGUCUGGCGUUGUUUCAGGAUGAGGUCAGCGCGAUGCGCACUUCGUCGCAGCUUUGCAGUCCCAGCAACCACAGCAAUAGCAAUGGCAACCACAGCAACCGUCUCAACGAUAGCAGCGGUGAGCUGUGCCGUCUGACCAACGACAUGGAGAGUUUGCGCUGUAUGCUGGAUCUGAGACAGGCCGAGAUCCCGACGCUGUCCAAGCAGAACGCAGAGCUGCAGCGUGAGAACGACGACCAACGCAGUUUGAGCAAUCUUUCAGAGAAUCCUGACGAUUUGGAUGUGCUGACUCCCGCUCAUCUAUUGUUUGGUGGUCCUCCAACCGUGAUUCUGGAGCCCGACCUAACUAUGCUGGACUACAAUCGGCAGGAUGGUUGGCAGCGUGUCACUCAGUUGCAGCAGGUCUUUUGGGCUAGAUGGCGGGAGGAGUAUCUGACUCUUCUCCAGCAAAGAUCGAAGUGGCGCACUCCUGAUCGUCGUCUGCAAGUCAACGACUUGGUCUUGGUGAAGGACGAAAAUUUGCCGCUAGCCCGUGUCAUGGCGCUCAUCCCUGGCAAGGACGACGAGUGUCGAGUUGCCGAGUUAAAGACGACGUGUGGCAGCACCCGGAGAGCCAUAAACAAACUCUGUCCACUGCCCCUGAAAGAUGAUGUUGAAAGAUAGGCUUUCAACGGCGGGAGUAUGUCGGGAGCAGCAGACAGCGCAUGUUAAUGCAAUGCUGUGACAGCGUCUGCCAGCAGCGCUGCAUCUGCCGGCAGCGCUGUAUGCUCUCUGUUAGAGAUCGCUUGCAGUUCGAUCGGCUAAUUGUUUGUUACUCU